AUGUUAAGCAAAGCAAAGGAAACGUCAACAGAUAAUACAAUCAUCUAUCGUCAAGAGAAUUUGGAACAACUCGAACUGUCUCCGAAUACAUAUGAUUUAGCUUACAGUUCAUUAACUCUACAUUAUAUCGAACGCUUAUCUCAGUUAUUGAAGACUAUUUAUCAACCAUUGAAAUCUUAUGGAUACUCUAUAUUCUCGUCAGAACAUCCAAUAAUACUCCUAGUAUCGAUACGAAAGCCUCUUCGAAAAUAA